UGUGAUGGAAAGACGCAGCCAUCCACAGCACAGCCAGUGUUAUUCAGGCCAACUCAUAUACCAUAGCUGCUUGCAUAAGACUGUUAAAUCUUAAUGUUCUCUCAGAGGAAAGUUGGCCGUCACUGCGCAUGAGCAAACAAAGGCACUCUUGAUGAAUAUUCCAGCAGAUAGGCUGCAGGGUGUUUGUGUGUGUGUGAGUGCGUGCGUGUGUGUGUGAGUGUGUGUGUCUGCCACUUACCGUCCACUGAGGUCAGUCUGUAGGCUGUGUGUGUGUGUGUUGGCUUAAAUAAUGCACAUCUACUUAUCAUUCAGGAGUUUAAACCCUAACGUAGGCCAUAACGUUGGUAUACCUUCCUUCACAGGACAGUGUGUGUGUGUGUGUGUCUGUGUGUGUGUGGAUUAUAACAGACUUCUAAUCUUUCUGUCUGGGUUGUGACUGGAGGACAAGAAUGAAUGUCUGUUGUUUAAUCAAUCACACGAACACUGCGGCUUUUUUCCAAAUGUCACCCAGACUUAAUGGGCUGUUUACUCAUUAAUCUGCAUCCAGAGGGAGUAUGCCGGCAAGGAGUGAAUUAUAAAUGAAUGUUUGUCCUGCUAAUGCAGGAGGACAGCCGGGGAGACGAAUAAGAGUAAUCUUAUAUACCAUACUCAUAACCCAGCUGAACGUUCGGCGCAGGGCAGACGGCUACAUUAUAGGUUCAUUUUCUAACCCCACCAUAAAUAACAAUCAGGCACGAUGUUGUUUCAUUAUCUAAUUUACUUUGAUUCAUGGCCCUGGUAAAAUGAGCCUUCAUACAAAACCACUAUGACUGACUGGUGAAGAAGAAGUCAAAUCAUCAGGGUCGUCUCAUCUCCAGGAAACUUUUAAACAAAGGCCGGAAACACACACACACGGUAAAGUAUGACUAGUUGAAGGUUAAGUUAUUCAUAUCAGUAAUAAAGGAAAAGCAAAAAGACAAAGCCUUUGGCUUUUUUGCUGUCAUUCUCAUAAAGGAAGUACAUUUACAGUAUAUACAGUGUAUUGUAUAAAAAUUAUAACAUUUAAUGUUUAAAAGCAGAAAUUAAAUGUUGUAUUUAUGCCAUUUUGUUAUAUUUAAUAAUGUGUUAUGGUCAUUUUAUUAGUGAGUCAGUAUAACCACGCCUUACCUUCCACACGUGUGUGAUGGAACAGCAUCUCAUCAGUUCUAAGACAUACAGCAGACGUUGCACGUUCUACGCUGCAGAAAUGUCGCAGCUUCCCAAUUGAAGGGUUUCGUAUGAGGUACGUAAGAACCGCCGCGAGAAUGUUUGUUUAAACAAGCGAGUUAGCCUUGGUCGUGAUCGUCAAGGCGACGUCAUCAUCGUGCCACGGUCUGUUGUGAGCGAUGAAGCCGUGUUUAAUGAACCUCGGUUAAACCUGACGGGCAGUAACCCCGGGGUUGCCUUAUUAAUGUGUCUGUGUGUCUGUUGUUCUGUCCUAGAGAGAUAAGAUGAACUUGUACCAGGCUGAUGUGCAGAUAUCGUUCAAACUCUGAGCUGCACCGUAUUCUCUGAACCAAAGACCAGGCCGUUCCACCAAGAGCCCAAGUCUCCAGACUUCAUGCGGGUGUGGACCAACUUUCCUGUGGGUCUGUUUUUUACCAGUUAAUUAUCAGAUCUUCAGCAUCCUUCCUUAAUGAAGACACAGUCACAUUGGAUGUGAUUCUACUGAAACCUGAGAAGCAGUGAUGACUUUUAAAGACGCAGUGAGAAGACUCUUCCUCCUUCUCGUCUGUGUGCCAGGGACAGAGGGGGCAGAUGGCUGGACUGUAACCUACCACAAUACUACUAGUUGUGCUUUAAAAGGAUCAACAGUUGAGAUAACCUGCACCUUCCAUCACCAACUCGGAAUAAAUGACCGUGGUGUUACAGCCAAGCACACAUUCUGGUUUAGAAAGCAGCAGGACAAUCAACGCGUGGAUCUGAGGACAAACAGGACGUACAUAGGACGUGUGAGGUAUCACUGUGACAGUGAUCGCUGCUCUCUGAGCAUCAAUGACCUGAGAGAGAGCGACGCUGCCGUGUACGUGUUCGGAUUGAUCACCAGCCAAGGCUCUGAAGUGGCCGGUGAACCUGGAGUCACUCUGACUGUCACAGAUUUACAGGUGACAAAGAACCAAAACAACAAUCACAUGUGUCAAUCCAGGUGUCCUGUUUCGAAUCCUUCCUACAUCUGGUACAAGGAUGGAGAAAAAAUACAGGGAAAACCUGACCAAACCUCUUACAGGACCACCUCAUGUGCAUUACAAGGAUUGGAGAAAUUCCCAUCACCACCUGAGUGUAACUCAGGAAAUUCAUGUGCCACAGUGGUUAAUGUCGAGAGAAGCAUCUGUGCCUUUACAGGCUCCUCUGUGGACAUCUCUGGGAUUUUCUACAGUGAUUAUUAUUAUAAGUUAUCUCCUUUAUGGUUUGUUGCUGAAAGGGAACAGCAAAAAUGGGACAUACCAGGCAAUGUGUACCAGAGAAAAGCUCGGUUUCAAGGUUUUGCCAGAAACGGACAGUUAAGACUGAGAAUUACUAACCUGGCAGAGAGCGAUUCAGGAGAGUAUCGUUUUGGAUAUAAAACCUAUUCAAGGACAUACAGUUUCCCAGGCACAACUCUGACAGUCAAAGAUCCAGACCUAAAGGUGGAGGUAAUCUGGACGUCGACUGGCGGAACACUGGUCUGUCAGAGCAGCUGUCCUUUCUCUGACCGUUACUCUUUCUACUGGUAUAAGAAUAACAGACCAAUCUACAGAGAAACUUCUCCAGUUCUCAAAGGACAUGCUUUUUCUGAAGGUCGUUAUUCCUGUGGUUUUGAGAGAUACCAUUCCAGGGAAGUCUAUGCUCCGAGAAUUCCCACAGUGAGUCGCAAUAAAGAGGUAGUAGAGGGCAGUUCAGUGAAUCUGACCUGUAGUACUGAUGCUAACCCAGCAGCUACUUACACCUGGCACAGAAGCAAUCAGUCACUGGUCAGCCCACAGUCACUGUUUCACAUGUCGUCAGUGCAGUUGUCCGACUCUGGGGAUUAUUACUGCACAGCUGAGAAUGAGCUUGGAAAGACUAGGUCUCAGAUUGUCUCAAUUACAGUGACGUAUGGUCCAAAGUUCUCUGUGUUGUCAGUGAGUCCCUCUGGUGAGCUGGUGGAGGGCAGUUCAGUGACUCUGACCUGCAGCACUGAUGCUUACCCUGCUCCAUCGUAUACUUGGUACAAAGACAACCAAGUUCUGCGCCAGGGAUCUGUUCACUUUUAUAAUUUCUCCUCCAUCAGCUCUGAGGACAGUGGUGUCUACAAAUGUCAGACUGAAAAUCACAUCCAUCGAAAGAUUUCUCAGCUGGUGUCUUUGGAAAUCAAGAAAGCAUGGAAACAGAAAGCAACUGGUAUAAUAACUGGGAUUUUCCUGGCCUUCAUUCUGGCUCUCGUCAUCCUGUGGAUCUGUCGUGUGCGGGCAACGCAGGGAGCAGGCAGGACCCAAAUGCAGUACUGGAGAGACAACUUCUCACCGCUGUGUGCUCUCAGUUGCCCACGGCUGAAAAAGAAAGGCAAGCGAUCAGUCACAAAGCAUGGAGCAGAUGUUGACCAGAGAUCAUAUGAAGCACAGCGUGAACCUGCAGAGCAGCAGGGUGAACUUUUCUACUCCACCAUCUGCUUCUCACACGACCAUAACAAAGCCAUCUACUCCAAUGUUCAUUUACAGAAAGAGAAAGAAGAUGAGGUUGAGUACAGCUUUGUUCGACUAGAUGGACCAAGUCCACGGCACCAGGAGGACGUAUCUGCUCUUUACAGCACAGUAAACUAUAGAACCAAGUGAGAACAAUGUUCCCCUAAGGAACGAGUUCAUAUAAAAUCGUUACCCCUUGAGGGGUGCGUGAAGGCAUUUCAUCAUUUUGUUAGUUAUCCCACUGUAGGGAUGUUUCACACAACUGCAUUUUCAUUUGUUUGAUGAGAAUAACAUAUUUAGGAAUAAGAGUUUUCAUUUAAGUUCAGUGGGUGUCCUAUCUACAAUAGGUGGCGCUGUAGAAAGAGUUCAGCAACCUCUUCAUUAAAACUUCCCCUUUCUUUUUAAGUUACUGCUUACUGUAUAUGUUGGCCUUUUACCAAAGAUCAUGUCAUCGACUCCUUAUAGAACUGAGAAAAAGAAAACAUCCAGUGCAUGGAAUUUAAAUCGUCUUCUGUUUGUUUGUACAUUUCUCAGUUUAAUCAAUACUUUCCAAUGAACUGAUGAUCUAAAGUAUAUAACUGACAUGUGCACGCUGCAUAUUCUUAAUAAAAUCAAGUAAAAAAAUUAAA